AUGCAGCCAUAUUUUCCAGAGGCCGUGCCUCAAGAAAUUGCUGAGGUGCUAGUGCAUGACGUGCCCCUUCAGCCAGAAUUCAAUGAUGGCUGUAAAAGUCGAGGAAGAAGCAGAUGCUUGACCUAUGCUUGGAUAAAGUCCCAAAUGUCUGGGUGUGUUUAUGGGAAAACAGAAUCGGGAUUCUAUCAAAUGAAGACAUUAACGCUCUUUCACAAGAAGACAUUGAGUCCUUGCCUCUACAUUUUAAUGGAGUUGUAUUCCAGGUGGUUGCUCUAUUACAAUCUGAAUGCAUGCUUGCUUAAUUUGAUCAUAAUUAUUGAAAUUACCGUUUUCUUCUGCUGUUUGUCAGAUUACCUUGAGGACUUGAAGUAUUUGGAGUUUUUUUCUCCGAUCUUGAGAAGGUUGAGACACAUUCACUCCAAAGGUUUUAUUCAUGGUGACAUGUCGCUGUCGAAUGUGUCUGUCGGCAGCGGUAACACUAUCAAAAUAGGGGAUUUUGGUCUUGAUGGGGGCUUUGUGAAAUUCUCAAAUUCCGAUGGAAUAAGACUGUAUAAGGCUCCCGAGAGGGUUUUUUGGAGUUGGGUGGACAUGAAGAUUGGCAUGUACAGUCUCGGCAUCAUAUUCUUGGAAAUAUUGCAUCCUUUUCCAACGGCCUACGAGAAGCAAAACUUCAUUGACAACAUGAAGAAAGGCAUGGUCGAAGAGGAUCUGGUAUAUGUGUACACGCCCAUCAUCCGAAGAUUGAUUUCAAAUGAUCCCAAUGAGCGGCCGGAUGUGGCUCAGGUGAUGGCAAAGUUUGAAAAUCUUGUUUUCGGCAUCCCAUAA